UUGUGGAUAGCCACUGUCGUCACUUGGAAAGUCAAAUUGGAGAACCUGAGCUCCGUAAAACACAAGGCUGGAUAUACGGAAUACUACGACGACGACGACGACGACGACGACGACGACAACGACAACGACGGCACCAGCAAUAGCGACAACAGCAGCGACAACAACAGCAGCGACAACAACAGCAGCGACAACAACAGCAGCGACAACAACAGCAGCGACAACAACAGCAGCGACAACAACAGCAGCGACAACAACAGCAGCGACAACAACAACAACAACAGCAAGAGCAACAAGAGCAAGAGCAACAAGAGCAAGAGCAACAGUAAUGACAGCAACGGCGGCAACAAAGCGAUAACAGGGUGUCGACUUAUCACAUGGUGGGUGUGA